CGAGCUCUCCCGAAGAUAGGCAAUCGGCUCCUUUUUGACACUCGGAGAAACAAGGAUGGAGGAACUGGCUACCAAGCUCCUCGCAGAAGGCAUUCAGAAAAAAGUGGUCAGUCCUGGCAAAGGAGACCUGUCAACGUUUCCUGAUGGAACCAAGGUGAUAUUCCACUACCGCUCCAGCCUGUGUGAUGGCACAGUGCUAGAUGACUCCAGGACCAUGGGGGGCCGGAGCAAGCCCAUGGAACUCAUCCUGGGGAAGAAGUUCAAGCUGGCCGUGUGGGAGCGAGUCAUCGCCACCAUGAGGGAGGGAGAGGUGGCAGAUUUCACAUGUGACGUCAAGCACACAGCCCUGUACCCGCUGGUGUCCCAGUCCCUGAGGAACAUCAGUGCAGGGAAGGACCCCCUGGAGGGCCAGAGACACUGCUGUGGCAUCGCUCAGAUCCACUCACACCACUCCCUGGGCCACUGUGACUUGGACCAGCUCCAGGCCAACCCUCAGCCCCUAGUCUUCACCCUGGAGCUCAUGGCGGUUUUGACGCCCGGCUCGUUCAGACUGGACAUCUGGGCGAUGACGGACGAGGAGAAGCUGGAGGUGGUGCCUCAGAUCCACGUGGAGGGUAACGCCCUGUACAAGAGGGGCGACGUGAAGGAGGCUGCCGAGAAGUACUACAAUGCCAUCGCCUGUCUAAAGAACCUGCAGAUGAAGGAGCGUCCGGGCGACGAGGGCUGGAUCAAGCUGGACCUCAUGAUCACACCCCUGAUGCUGAACUACUGCCAGUGUCAGCUGAUCCAGGGUCAGUACUACGAGGUGCUGGACCACUGCUCCUCCAUCAUCUCCAAAUACGAGGGUGAACAACGUGAAGGCCUACUUCAAGCGGGCCAAGGCCCACGCGGCGGUGUGGAACGAGACGGAGGCGCGGGCCGACUUUGCCAAGGUGGUGGAGCUGGACCCGUCGCUGGGGCCCUCGGUGGCCAAGGAGCUGAGGGCCAUGGAGGAGAGGAUCCGCUCCAAGGAGAAGGAGGAGAAGGGCCGCUAUAAGAGCCUGUUCAGCUACGACAGCAACGCCCCGGCCACCGCUUCCACGGGUUGAAUUAAGAAGAGGUUUAUUUUUGUUA